UGCGUAAUGACGUUACCAUCUCCCGCAGACCCCGGAAGUGCAACUGGAACUUGGUCGGGGUGCUGAUCCCGAGAGGGAAAGUCCCGACGACCUACCGCACGAGGGAGUUCCUCUAGCGAGCUGGAAGGCCACGCCUCCUCCCGCCUACCCCCGCAGCCCUGUAGCUGGGGGCAGAGGUCAGACUGUCUUCUGAAGAUUGAUGUCUAUUUCCUUGAGUUCUUUAAUUUUGUUGCCAAUUUGGAUAAACAUGGCACAAAUCCAGCAGGGAGGUCCAGAUGAAAAAGAAAAGACCACAGCACUGAAAGAUUUAUUAUCUAGGAUAGAUUUGGAUGAACUAAUGAAAAAAGAUGAACCACCUCUUGAUUUUCCUGAUACCCUGGAAGGAUUUGAAUAUGCUUUUAAUGAAAAGGGCCAGUUAAGACAUAUAAAAACUGGGGAACCAUUUGUUUUUAACUACCGGGAAGACUUGCACAGAUGGAACCAGAAAAGAUACGAGGCUCUGGGAGAGAUCAUCACGAAGUAUGUGUAUGAGCUCCUGGAAAAGGACUGUAAUCUGAAAAAAAUCACUCUUCCAGUAGAUGCCACUGAAAGUGAACCAAAGAGUUUUAUCUUUAUGAGUGAGGACGCUUUGACAAACCCACAGAAGCUGAUGGUCCUCAUUCACGGUAGCGGUGUUGUCAGGGCAGGUCAGUGGGCUAGAAGGCUUAUUAUAAAUGAAGACCUGGACAGUGGCACACAGAUACCUUUUAUUAAGAGAGCUGUGCAUGAAGGAUAUGGAGUAAUAGUGCUGAAUCCCAAUGAAAACUAUAUUGAAGUAGAAAAGCCGAAGAUACAUGUACAAUCAACUUCUGAUAGUGCAGAUGAACCAGCAGAAAAAAAGGAAAGAAAAGAUAAAGUCUCUAAAGAAACAAAGAAGCGGCGUGAUUUCUAUGAGAAGUAUCGUAACCCUCAAAGAGAGAAAGAAAUGAUGCAAUUGUAUAUCAGAGAAAACGGGUCUCCUGAAGAGCAUGCAGUCUAUGUUUGGGACCAUUUCAUAGCCCAGUCUGCGGCCGAGAAUGUAUUUUUUGUUGCUCACAGCUAUGGAGGGCUUGCUUUUGUUGAACUGAUGAUUCAACGGGAAGCAGAUGUAAAAAGUAAGGUAACUGCUGUGGCAUUGACAGACUCUGUUCACAGUGUGUGGCAUCAAGAAGCUGGCAAAACGAUUCGGGAAUGGAUGAGAGAGAACUGUUGUAAUUGGGUCUCUAGCUCAGAACCAUUAGACACAUCAGUGGAAUCCAUGCUGCCUGACUGUCCCAGAGUCUCAGCAGACUCCCUGGUAUAGAACCUCUUCCGGGACUGGAUAAAGCGGCCAAGGCAGUAUGGAAGACACGUUAAGAUGACUUACUAUAGGACAGAUGAUAAUGUUUCUGGGACAGCUUUAAAACUUUGAAUGUUGUUAAGUAGUUUAAAAUCUUAACAUGAACUUUCUUGAUUGAGAAUUUAUCUUGCUAUACCGCUGUAUUCAUUUUCUAGGACUGCCACACAAAGUCCCAGAGGAUAAUUUGUUUGACCAACAGAAAUGUAUUUUCACACAGUUCUAGGGGCCAGAAGUAUGUGAUCGUGAUGUGGGCAGUGAGUGCCUUUUGAGAGCGGCAAGGGAAGGAUCUGUGCCAUCCUACCUGCAGACGCCCGUCUUACCCCAGCUCUUCACACUGCCUUCCUCCUGAAUGUGUCUGUGUCCACACUUCUGUUCAUAGGGACAUCAGUCAUACUGACUUACAGCCCACCCUAAUGACCUUAAUUACCUCUGUAAACAUCCUGUCUCCAAAUACAGUCAGUCACACUCUGAGCUACUAAAAGACUUCAACAUAGGAAUUUUUGUGUGUAACUUACUUAGCCCAUAACAUCAGCCUAAUGAAAAUCAUGAAAAUCUAAAAUAACUUCAAAUAUUUGUUAAUGUAAUCAUCGAACAAGUAAUUGAGUACUCUGUGUAGCAGGUAGUGUCCUCGGUGCUAAGAUGCACUGGAAACCAAAAACAGCUUAAAGUCUGGUGAAGCAUCCAGAUCUUCAGUAAACAUGUGAUUGUAACUUAUAGUAAGUAUGCUAUGGUAGGGACAGGGUAAGGUAUUGGGCAGUUUUCUUCAGAUUUCUGUUUAUAUCCCUUGAGCUGUAAUAUGUAAGUAUUCCUUCUAAUAAUAUCAAUUAAUAACUAAUAUUGUAAACCAGGGGGACCUGCAGAAGAAUUAUGGCCUUGUAGUGAAGGUGAGAGGCAUUUAUUUCUGGGUUCAAAUCCCACUUGAAUAACUUACUAUCUCUGUUAUUUUGAGUGAGUUACUUCUUUCAGCCUUGGCUUCUCAUCUCUCCAAUAUUUCUAGCAAACCAGAGGAUAAGAAGUUAUGUAAGGAUAAAAUUCAGGAAUAUAGAAAGAAAUCCUUUGGACUUCUCUUUUACAUGUGAACCAUUCUGCUUUUCUUCAUUGUACUACCACCAUACCUUGUCUAUGCUUUAUUUGUAGCUCAGAAAUUACUCUUUUGCAUACCUAGGAACUGUUAAGAAGGUACUUAACAAUUUUUAGCCAAAAUUGAGUAAAUCGAAGAGCAGAAAAGUUAGAGAUACUAAUCUCAGUUACCAGCAAACUUACCACUGAUAUUGGGAGAUGACUUGAAGGAUUAUAAUAAUUGGAAUGCAAUGAUAAAGUCCAUUUUCUUACCUGUAGGGUGACAGCUAGGUAAAGAAACACAUGACAAGGUUUUGAUUUGAAGGAUUUAUAUUUAAAACUUUUUAAAAACCACAUAGCAUUUUAUAAUUAAAAAGAAUGACCUCUGAGUUUGUUUACAGCCUAUAAUAAUUGCCUGUGUCUCCAUGAGUAAAAAUAAAACCGUGUACCACAGGUUGAAUGUGCAGGUUAAGAGGAUAUAUAGUUCUUAGGGUAAGGUGACACUGCUUCUCAUACUGUGAUUCCAUAUAACCUUGCCUUUCUUGUUGCCUGCUUUUCAGUCGUCUCUCCCAAAUGUAGACCUGAUAUUGUUUCCUCAUUGCAUGUCGCUAUAGAUUGACUGUGGAAGGCCCAUGUGUUAGAGGCUUGGUCUCCAGCUUGGCACUAGUAGGAGGUGGUGGAGACUUUAGGAGGGCCUAGUGGGAGGCCUUCAGGUCAUCAGGGGUGGACUCUUGAAAGAACAGUGGGACCUGCACCAUUUCCCCUUCUGCUUUUCACAUCCUGGCAAUGAGGUGAGCAGCUUUGCCCCCCACCAUGAUUUGCUGCUUCACUGCAGAUCCAAAACCAAUGAGCCAACUAAUGUGGACUGAAAUCUCCAAACCUGUGGGCCAAAAUAAACCUUUCCUUUUUGUAAGUUAAUUAUCUUGGUUUUAGUUAACAGUAACAGAAAGCUGACUAGUAUAGAUAUCCAUCGUCUAGCUUUUCUACAGCUUACUGUAUCCAUCUGCUGCAGAUUAGGUAACUUAAACAACAGAAUUCUGUGACCUGGUUUUGAAUAUAGGAUGUCUAAGGUCAAGUGUGGGCAGGGGUGGUUCCUUAUGAGUACUGUGAAGGAAGGAUCUGUUCUAGCCCUCUCUCUUUUGCUUGUAGAUGGCCCUCUCUCUCUCUGUCACUGCCUCCCUCCCUCUCCCCCCCAUCAUCUUUCUUCCUUGAGUGUUUGUGUCCAUAUUUCUCCUUUGUAUAAGGGUAUGAGUCAUAUCAGUAUUUCUAAUGACUGGCCCAAGUUAAUGAUUUCCUUCAAACUCCAUUCCCUCUCUAAAGUUUUUAUUUCCAAAUAAGGUCACAUUCUAAGGUGUUGGAGCAUAGGACUUUCAACAUAAGUUUUGAGGGGAUACAAUUCAGCCCAUAUCACCUACCGCUUAUGAUAUAGAGAAAAUACAAGGGAAUGAUGAGGAAUAGGUGUAGGAAGUCAGGGAGAUUUUUGUCAGUGUCCCCCACUCCCCACAAAGGAGGUAAAUAAGAGGUAGUGUAGUUUAAAAAAAAAAAGAUGGUCACUUAGGUCAAAUAGUCCUUGAUCCAUAUCUUGUCUCUGUCACCAGUCCAGGAUUAUCAUCUUAGGAGAAUUUUAGGAAAAUAAGAUUUCUUCUCUCCCAAUCAAUAACAUUGUGGGAUUAAGAAUCACACUGGCUACUUAUUUCUGUUUUGGGAGCAGGACAUUUGAACUUGGUGAGAUCCAGAGGCAUUAUUUUAGGAAGAAAAUUUUGGAUGUUUUGUUACAGAUACGAUUCUUAAUUUCCCCCCCCCCAAAAAAUGUUAUGUGAACCUGUGUAGAGAGCCCUGUCACUUGCUAAGCACUGUCAGCCACUAAUUUCAUCAAGCUAAUGUAACAGGACAUUCAAGUGACUCACCUUUAAUUUGUUGUGACUGUGUUGUAUUUACAAAAAGCAGAGCUAAAACGGCAGAGAGCAAAUGUUUAGACAAUGAUUGUUUUCAUAAACAGUUUUAAGAAUAUUGCUAAAUCUAAAUAGACAAGUAAGUUUUUUAAAUAUAACUUUAAAUCAUUCCUUACAUAAUAACCCGCCAUUAAACACAUACAGAUGUUGUAAAUGAUCACAUUUCAUACAUUUUUAUAGCACUAAUCUACUGACUAAAUAUAUGUUACCUUUGAGAUUUAAACUAAAGAGUAGAGAUAGGAAAAAACUUCCUAUACAGGAAUUUAUUGUAUUGUUCCUUACUCUCCUGAAGAGGCAGUCAUAGUAACACCAUCAGUAAAAAUGAAUGUUUUGCUACUUGGAUGUCACAUCAUUAAAGUAGUUAAUCUACAGCCAUAAAUUUUUGUCUCCCAGGCUAAGAAAUUUUAAAUAAUAUACUAACAAAAAUGUAACACUUUUCAAUGAUAAGUGAAAGAAUCUUUAUCCUUUUUUUUGAGGUUCCAGAAAUGACGCACUCCAUAAAAAAUUGUAUCAUUUUUAUUUUUAAACUGAGUGCUUGCAUUAGUCAGUAAACAAUUUAUUUGCUGAAGAUCCUCUGUGCACACAUACAUACCAUGUGAAUGUUAAACAGAAGGUGCUUGAGUUGGUGAGAUUUCAAUAUUUGCUUACAGUUGAUCCAGUGAUGUUGCAGUUGAAAAAAAACCAUAUAUAAAUGAAAUACCAUUUUCUACUAAGAGGCAAGUCUAGAGUUUCAGCCAUUGUUCUAAUGAGGAUAGUCACUCAGUGGAACAUCUUAUAAAUCUGUAGCAUGUUUUCCUCCAUAUGUACUCUGGCUUUCCAUAAAAUUACCUGUGCUCAUCACAAAUACGUGUUUAUAUUUAAUUAUACUAUCUAACGGUACAUAUUUUUAUAUUUCUAAUUUUCCUACAAGUACUAUUAAAUUUGGAAAACUACAUAUAAGUAGUGACUUGAUUUCUCACAUUAUUCAUCUAAAAAUAUGUGCAUAUAUAUCUCGAUAUUUAUAGCUUUAAAAUAUUAUGUAACAUAUAAGCUACAUAGACCAUUGGUAGUAUCCAGAACAUGACAAGGAAAAUGAUAACACCCAGCAUAGCAGUUUUGGCCAUUUCCCAGACAUCCUUGCCCUGGCCCCAAACCACUUCCUCCAGGGCCUGCCUCCUCACAUUUUCAUAUGCAGCAAUAUUAUACCCUUGACAGAAUACUUAAGAUGUGCCUGUUAAGGGCUAGGUACAGAAGAUUCAGAAUUAGACGAGGUGCACAUAAGCUAGGUAGAGGAAAGGAGGGAGAAAAUCAAGGAUCCCUUCACCAAGUGACCAGGGUUGAGGAAUGGACAAAUGAAUGACACAGAGAAGG